AUGACUUCCUGUGGGAUCCUGUCGGUCCCAAGACACCCACUGUUCCGUGAGGUAAAUGGCAGAGGCUUAAAAUAACUCUACGAUGCUACAGCAGAAGAAGAAUGGUCCUAACUUUCAUAAGUCAUAAUCGUCUUAACUUUCACAAGUGGUAACUUCUUACUGUGAGGAUAGCAUAACAUCUUCCCCUACACUUCUCUUAUAGUAACCACAGCUUGAUAUCGUCUGCUUCUUCCUCUGAAGUACUUUGCUCAGGUAUGGAUCUCUUUUUCUGGCCUCAUUGUGUUCUCACUUGGCUUUGCAGCAGUUUAUAAAGAAGAACUCUACCUCUAUAGAGGUAUGGUACUUUGUGUGGUCACAUGCCACCAGUCUCAGGCCAUAGGAUACUGUCUCUGAUCGGUUCUCUUCAGUGCCAGUGAUGGAUUUGUGUUGUUGGAUCCUUCACCUCCUACUCCAGGGUCUGUUCCAUUGGUUCCAACUUCCAUCCUCGCAGGUACGCUCUCUCUAGUCUAUGUAAUUUCGCUGGACCCUGGUGGUCGCACGAGGAACUGCCUUCAAUAAGGUGCCGUAUGGGGCAAUUUGUACAUGUUUUGUGAGUGUGCACGUGUGUGUGAGUAUGUCAUUAUGUUGUGUGUGAGUAUGUCAUUAUGUUGUGUGUGAGUCAUUAUGUUGAGCGUGAGUCAUUAUGUUGUGUGUGAGUCAUUAUGUUGAGUGUGAGUCAUUAUGUUGAGUGUGAAUAUGCAGGAGACCUAUUGCUGCAGUUUCUUUAUGGUUCCUAUUUCUCUUUGCUGGGAUUUUGUAACCAACUAAAGUUUGGACUCCUCUCCUCUCCUCUCCUCUCCUCUCCUCUCCUCUCCUCUCCUCUCCUCCUCUCCUCUCCUCUCCUCCUCCUCUCCUCUCCUCUCCUCUCCUCCUCCUCUCCUCUCCUCUCCUCUCCUCUCCUCUCCUCUCCUCUCCUCUCCUCUCCUCUUUCCUCUUUCCCCCCUCCUCUCCCCUCCUCUCCUCUCCCCUCAUCUCCUCUCCUCCCCCUCAUCUCCUCUCCUCUCUCCUCCCCGUCCUCUCCUCUCCUCUCCCCUCAUGCUCCUCUCCUCUCCCCUCAUCUCCUCUGCCCCCUCUCCUCUCCUCUCCUCUCCUCUCCUCUCCUCUCCUCCUCUCUCUCCUCCCCUCCUCUCCUUUCCUCCCCUCCUCUCCUUUCCUCUCCUCUCCCCUCAUCUCCUCUCCUCUCCCCUCAUCUCCUCUCCUCUCUCCUCUUUCCUCCCCUCCUCUCCUCUUCUCUCCUCUCCUCUCCUCAUCCUCUCCUCUCCUCUCCUCUCCUCUCCUCUCCUCUCCCUCCUCUCCUCUCCUCUCCCCUCCCUCUCCCCUCUCCUCUCCCUCCCCUCUCCUCUCCCCUCAUCUCCUCUCCUCUUGUUCCUCCGCUCCUCUUCUCUCCUUCCUCUUCCUCCGCUCUUUUCUCUCCCCUCCUCUCUCCGCUUCUCUUAUCUCCCCUCAUCUCCUCUUUCCUCCUCUCCUCUCCUCUCCCUUCCUCUCCGCUCCUUUUCUCUCCCCUCCUCUCCGCUUCUCUCCUCUCCUCUCCGCUUCUCUCCUCUCCUCUUCUCUCCCUCUCCUCCGCUCCUUUUCUCUCCUCUCCUCUCCUCUCCUCUCCUCUCCUCUCCUCUCCUCUCCUCUCUCCUCUCCUCCUCCUCGUCCUCUCCUCUCUCACUCUCCUCUCCUCUCCUCUCCUCUCCUCUCCUCUCCUCUCCUCUCCUCUCCUCCCGUCCCCCUAUAGCCAUGGUGUCCACUCCAGACAAGAGCACUCGUCCGGUCAGUGCUCCCAUCAUGUCCCCUGUCUCUCCCGGGGAUGCCGCCCCGUCCCCUGUGACCUCGGCCUUGCCUCGCUGUGAGAGGCGAGAAGCAUCUACCGCCGCGGGCCGCAAGUCCCGCUCAGCAGAGAGGAAGGCCAAGGAGGAGGCCAAGGUGGCGAGCAGGGUGGAGAGCAAGGUGACAGAGGUCUCCAAGACACAGAGUUCCAGACCACAGUCCACCCCAGAGUUCAAGGUAUAACACUCACACUUAUACACACACAGAAUCAGGCCAGGACACACUGCAGCUCUCUUGGGAUGUAACACGACAUUGUCUCACUGCACGAUACACCAUUUCUAUCAGCGGUGUUACAGAACACAUUGUACAGGAUUUAAUUGGACACCGAUUGAACCAGGUUGAUCACACGAGGAUGACACUACAUCAUAACAAAAUGUCUAGAAACAAAUUGAAAUGCCAGACAGCAGUUCAACAUGUACAUGUGUAGGUUUUUUAUACAGUAUCACUAUUCAACAGAGGUUUAUACAGUAGCUUUUAUUAAGGGGAGGCAUAUCCAUAGGGAUAAUUUGGGUAUACCUAUAGCCCGUGCUCCAGUUAGAUGGUAGCAGCGCCGCCCUGUUGGCAGCCCACUGUAGUGUGUGAGUCUCUGAGCUGUCUGUGUGAUAUUGCCACCACUACAGAGGGAGGGAGCCAGGGGGAGCAGUCAUCAUGCCCCUGCAGUCACCACCACCAACGGGACAGGGAGAGAGAGAAAGAGCCAG